AUGUCUCCUACUCCUGAAAGUAAUGGCACUACAAAGAUGUCAUGUAGUAAUCAAGGCCUGGUACUUCAGAGACUGUCUUCAGUGCAUGCUACAUGCACUUUGCUGUUGGGUUCUGGGUACUUUAUCCUUCAGGUUUCACUGAGAACUUCUACUCUUUUCUCAAGUCUAGAACAUCAUCUAGAUCUCCUGCUUUUAAAAGUAGUGGCCUUCAAAGCUGCUGCCAUGGCAGCCGCAGCAGCAGAGACAGCCCAGAGAAUUCAGGAGGAAGAGUGUCAACCAAGAGAUGACUUUAGUGAUGCAGAUCAGCUCAGAGUUGGUAAUGAUGGGAUUUUCAUGCUGGCGUUUUUCAUGGCAUUUAUUUUCAACUGGCUUGGAUUUUGUUUAUCCUUCUGUAUCACCAGUACCAUAGCUAGAAGGUAUGGUGCCAUCAGUGGAUUUGGACUUUCGUUGAUCAAAUGGAUUCUUAUUGUUAGGUUUUCUGAUUAUUUUACUGGAUAUUUCAAUGGACAGUAUUGGCUUUGGUGGAUAUUUCUUGUACUUGGCCUGCUGCUUUUCUUCAGAGGAUUUGUUAAUUAUCUAAAAGUCAGACACAUGUCUGAAAGUAUGGCAGCUGCUCAUAGAACAAGAUAUUUCUUCUUAUUAUAGAGGCUGCAUCAACCAGAUAUUCUUUUCUUAAACCAAUGUGAAAUUUCCAGAUCAUCUGUAAACUUACAAUUUUAAUAG